CCUCACCCAAAAUUCAAAAUGAUUGAACUAGCUCCAAAUCAAAUUCACCUCUGCUCUCCCUUCCCACUCUCUCCGGCGGCGGUGUACAUCAUCGGCGCCAUCGCACCUCAACUUCUCCGUCCAUUGAAAUUAUUGGAUCAGCAUGGAUGUAGCACAUUGCUAUUUAGAAGGUAAUGUUGAUGCUGUGGAGUUUUGUCCACAUAAUGGUUACCACAAUGUUUUAGCAGCAUCCACUUACACACUACAAGAAGGUGAAAAACCCACUAGAUGUGGAAGCAUUUCACUUUUUAAUAUUGAUGUGGACACUGGCAAUUUUGACAUGGUUUAUAGUGAGGAUACUUGUGGGAUUUUCGACAUAAAGUGGAAUCCGCCCGCAGGGCAUUCGAGUUCCUUUUUAGCUCAAGCAGAUGCUGAUGGAUACUUGAGAAUUAAGACACUGGAUGGUUGCUGUGAUGGAGUAGAAGGGGUUAAUCUAAAAGAGGUUACAGGUGAAAAAAUCAGUGACUCAAUGUGCUUGUACCUGGAUUGGAACCCUUCAGCUACAUCGAUCACUGUAGGGCUUUCUGAUGGCUGUGUUUCUAUUGUUUCUCUUCUUGAAUCCAAGCUGGAAAUACAAGAAGAGUGGAAGGCACAUGAUUUUGAACUUUGGACAACCUCCUUUGAUAUCCACCAGCCAAAUUUGGUAUAUACCGGCUCCGACGAUUGUAAGUUUUGUUGUUGGGAUUUGCGAGAUAGUCCUUCCAAUAAGGUAUUUCAGAGCUCUAAAGUCCACACAAUGGGUGUUACUUGCAUUGAAAAGAAUCCUCAUGACCCAAAUAGCUUAUUAACUGGAAGCUAUGAUGAAUUCUUGAGGGUAUGGGAUUUAAGAUCAAUCUCAAAACCUGUUAAUGAGACUUCAAUUAGCUUAGGUGGAGGAGUUUGGAGGGUGAAGCAUCAUCCCUUCAUUCAAGGCCUUGUUUUGGCUGCUUGUAUGCACAAUGGUUUUGCAAUUGUUGCCAAUAAAGGUGACAAAGUUGAAGUGUUGGAAACAUACAAGAAGCAUGAUUCUCUUGCAUAUGGAGCAGACUGGCAGAAAGGAGAAGCAAAUCACAUAGAAGGGAGAAGUAAACCAUUAGUGGCUACUUGCUCAUUCUACGACAAACUUGUCCGGGUAUGGAGGCCCUGUAAUGAUAUUACAUUGUAAAUUCAUGUUUAACGUCGAGCCGUCAGUUUGGAAAAAAUGUAACAAUAACUGUUUAUUUAUUCAAUCAUGGUUGCAUUGAACAUAGAGAUAAGAAAUUUCAUUGGAUUUUUUUAUGUUA